UUUUUCGUGAUAAUAUCUAGAUGAUGUAGGCAUGUAGCCAUUGGAUAAGAAUAAUGUAGUCAACUUCAAACCAAUUAGGCACAUCAAGUCAGUUUAGUGUUCGCUUGAUUUCAACCUAAACUAAUUUGGAUUGGUCCACCUAGCAAAUGUUUAUAAAUCAAACUCACUUUCCACUAACCAAAAUUGAGCUGGCUCACGCCAAUCACCCAACCCUCGAGUCAUCUUAUAAUAACCACCUAGCCCACUUUAUAAGCCGUGUAUAUGUUUGAACUUCCCAAUCUAGUAACCCUGCUUAAUGAUCACCUUUAAAUUAACAACUUCGAAUACGACCAAUUCAAUCAUCGACCCCUAGUUGAUAAAAUGAUCCAAAUCCUAUUAGAAUAACUCUGGGCCUAUGAUCUGGACAUCCCCAAACCCCAAGCAAGAGCAAAGAUCUAAAUGCCCAAAGCAUAAAAAAAUCCAAACUUCAAACUUACACAAAAUAAGCCUUAUCCAGUUAUCCCAUUUAAUAAUCCCGAAACAUCAAGAAUAUUCUAUCAAAUUCUACGUUCCAGUAACCCCUGGAAAAGCAACAGAACCAAAAAACAAAAAAAUGGAUUAGACUGAAAACUUCCACCACCUACCGAAACAAACAAUCAGUCACCGGAAAAAAAAAAACUGCAAAAAAUGGCGGCAACUUCAUUCUCUCUCCUCCGCCACCACGCGCCACCGCAUCUCACUUCCUCCUCCACCGCCGCACUCUUUCUCCGGCGCCGAUUCUCUCUCCUCACCACCUCAAUCGUCUGCAGAAACACCCACGACAAGAGCAAGCAAGCUCAAUCAAACGCGCUCAAGGAGGCGCGUGAAACUACACGCACCAAGCAUACACAGUCCUCUUCUCUUUCUUCUCUCUCUAAUUCCCAUAUUCUCUCUCCUAAUCAAGCCAUAGGUAUGGUAGCUUCAGCUCAAGCCAACUUCAUGCGCGUCAUCGUACAAUCGACUCCUCCAGAAGAACCUUCUAGAACCGAGGUUCUAGAAGGUUCUGGAAGAGGUGCUGGAAUUGAGCUGCUGUGUGUGGUGAGAGCCGUGUUGAAGAAGAUUAAACGGAGGGUUUUGGUUGGGGAUAGGGUUUUAGUGGGGUCCAUUGAUUGGGUGGAUCGGCGAGGUAUGAUUGAGAAUGUGUUUCCUCGUGAAUCGGAGAUUCCUGACCCUCCGAUUGCGAAUGCUGAUCAUUUUCUGGUGGUGUUUUCAUUGGAUCAGCCUAAGGUUGAGCCGUAUUCUUUGACUAGGUUUUUGGUUGAAGCUGAGUCUACUGGAUUCCCUCUUACUCUUGCUUUGAACAAAUGUGAGCUCGUUCGCGACGAGGUUCUGAUUGAGUGGAAAACCAGGCUUCGUCAGUGGGGAUAUGCACCCAUAUUUUGCAGUGUUGAGUCAAAACGUGGACUUGAUUCCCUUGCAUUCUACUUGAGAGAUAGGACAACAGUUAUCGUGGGUCCAAGUGGUGUUGGGAAGUCUAGUCUGAUUAAUGCCUUGCGAAGCAAUGGUCAAUCUCCCAACCUCAUGGAAGAGGGCAGCUUGUUUGAUCCUAAUUCAGGCAGUAAAUGGUUUGAGGAGCAACGAGUUGGAGAAGUAUCUACUAGGAGUGGAAGAGGGAAGCAUACAACUCGGAAUGUGUCUUUGCUACCAUUGGCGGGAGGUGGAUAUCUUGCUGAUACCCCAGGGUUCAGCCAGCCUAGUCUAAUGAAAGUAACAAAACACACUCUUGCGCAGGCUUUUCCUGAGAUUCGGAAAAAGCUAGAAGAAAACAAACCUAAUGGAUGUGCAUUCAACAAUUGUUUGCAUGUUGGUGAACCUGGAUGUGUGGUAACUGGGGAUUGGGAGAGAGAUCCGUACUACUUUCAAUUGCUGGAUGAAAUAAAAGCAAGGGAGGAAUUCCAACUAAGGACAUUGAGCACAAAAAGGGAAGGUGAUGUCAGGAACAAGGUGGGAGAUAUGGGUAUCACACUAGCUGAGCCAAGGUUGGAGCCAAAGAAGCACAGGAGACAAUCUCGCAAGAAAAUGAACCAGUCUCUAUUAGACGAGUUGGAUGAGCUGGAUGAUGAUGACGACGAAUACUUGGAAGAUAAUCCUAUCAUCCGUGCCAUGGAGCAAGAAAAUCAGUAGGACUGCAACUAGACGAGCAUUUGGAUAGCUAGAUGAUGAUGAUGAUUACAUCUUACUUUGUUUAGAUUAUUUUGACUUUUCAGGAUACUAAAUAAGGGGGAAAAGGUUUAGAACCCUCUUUUUUGUUUCCUUGUAAAUAAUGAGUCCAAAAGCAGCCUGUAUAUAUGAAAAUUUGGGGUCAUUUUAGUUUUAACUAAUGCUGCACGUUGAGAAGAUGUGUAUAAUCUCUAAUGACAGGAAUAAACGCAACUUUUUUCAAA